GUUUAAAGUGAGUGCAAAACACAAACACCUAUUGUUUUUGUGGCGAAAAACCACUUCUUUGGCGAUAAACCGGUGGCCACUCUCUCUCUACCCGUGCGGACACACAUCCAGACAAUGCCCGGCAUUUACAGCGUGUAUAUCAUCUCGCGGUCGGGCGGACUCAUCUUCAACUACGACUGCGACCACAACUUUGUCUCCUCCGAAGUGGAGAAGACAUUCAGCUAUCCGUUGGACGUGAAACUGGAUUACGUCCACCAGAAAGUGACGGUCACUUUCGGCCAAAGGGAUGGCAUCCGUGUCGGCUACGCCCUCCUCGCCAUCAAUGGACAGCCCAUCGGUGGCCGCAAACUCGACGACAAGGAUGUGAUCGACGAUAUACUCGCCAACGAAGACAAUUACCCCAUUAAUCUCAAGUUUGGUUUGCAACGGUUGACCACUAAUGAGAAGAUAGUGUUGUCGUCGAUGUUUCACUCGCUGUACGCGAUCGCCGCCCUCCAGAUCUGCAACAAAGGCCGACCGAUCGGCAGCACCGGUGCCGCCGCCGGCGAACGCCAGGGCUUUCUCAAGAGCUCCGGCAUUGAGAUUAUGGAAACGAAUAAUUUUCGGCUCAAUUGCUUGCAGACCACGACUGGCGUCAAGUUUUUAAUCGUUAGCGAUCUGACGGUUCCCGCAAAUAAAGACAUACUCCUGAGGAAGAUCUACGAGUUGUACACCGAUUACGCCCUCAAGAAUCCGUUUUAUUCGUUAGAUAUGCCCAUUAGGUUUGUAUCUCUCUCUCUC